ACAGACUCAAGCAGCCAGAGGAGCUGCUCGUGAUUUACGCAGCGGCACAAGGAGGAAAGGGGUGCGGCGACCAUCGUCACAAUGGCGGGUCUGCGCGAAUUCUUCAAGGAGACGGUGGAGGAGAAGCUUCUGCAACAAAUGCCCGAUGACGUGCUUCAGCAAACUACACCUGCCACACAGCUACUCGAGAAGCGCCGAGAACUCGAGCAAGUGGAACGGGCCCUUGCUACCCAGAAGGAGGACUUUCACGUGCGCAUGGCCACCCUCGACCAGCGCAAGGCCGAGCUCGAACGCAAGGAAUAUCAACUCCAAGAAUCACUUCUCAAAUUUGACCGCUUCCUCAAGGAAAACGACGCCCGUCGUGAACGGGCCGAGCAGAAAGCGGCCAGUGAAAACGAGGUCGCACAAGCCCGCGAAGAGCAGGUGCAAAAUCUGCGGGCCGAGCUGCGUAGCCUCCAGGAACGCAAAACACGCAACCGUGACAUCCUGCAACGCUACAGCAUCUUUGAAGCCUUCAUGCAAACAGUCUUGGGCGAAUAUCCCGAGUACAACGAAGUCCAAGACGUCAUCACUCGCUACAAAACCCUCGUCGCCACACAACAGGAUCUACGUAGCCGCGACCGCAAUAACCAGACAGAGAUUGAGCGAGUGCGCCGAGAAAUGGCCCGAUACAAAGAAGCCCACCGCGUCAGCAUGCUCGACUGUAGCAACAAGCUGGCCACGCUCCGCACAGCCAAGGAAAGGGCCCAUACGGAAACUCUCUACUGGGAGAAUCAAUUGUCUGCCGUGCAGGGGGCUGCCUCCAAGCGAACCCUGCUCUUGGGUCAAAUCAAAAUGUACGCUUAUCCGCCCGCGCAUCCUGGAACCUGCCCAACUCGUACAUGGCUGGCUUUGACGCGGGAACCGCGAUGCUGUCAUGAACCUCCACGAUAG